AUGCGGGUCUUUUACUGGAAUGCUCAAGGCUUGGCCAAAGAUGGUGCAAGGGCCAAGUUGAAGGAGCUCUAUCACUUGCACAAACCUGACGUUAUUUGUAUUGCAGAGCCGAAAGUUUUUUGCACUACACGUUUUGUUAGGUCGUCAAUAUUGGAUGAUUUUAGUGAAGAUGUUAUCACAAAUGAGGUUGUUGGUGAAAAGGGUAAUAUAUGGGUCUUGUGGAGAAAUUCUUUGGCGAGGCCAGGUAUCUUAUCUUCUUCUAAGCAAGCUAUUACUUUAAAUUUUGAUGGUGACUGGAUUACGGCUGUACAUGCUUCUUGUGAUCCAGUUGCAAGGAGGACUCUCUGUCAACAAUUGGGGUUGGGUUUCGUGUCUGUGCCUUGGCUGGUGCUUGGGGAUGUUAAUUGUAUUCUUCGCUUGGAUGAAAAGAAGGGCGGUAGUUCAAUUUUAAGUAUUUUUAUGAAUGAAUUUCGAAGUUGGACUUCUGAUAAUGGCCUGGUGGAAGCGGACUCCAUUGGUAAAAAAUAUACUUGGUAUGCUUUUGAUAGUCCAAGGCCGGCUAGAGCUCCAUUUAGAAUUCAGAAGAUGUGGUUGGAUCAUCCAAGCUUUAUGCAAUUGGUGCAAGACAAUAGGAAUUUACCCUUUUAUGGUGCGCCUCCUUUUGUUUUUUCUGGAAAGUUAAAGCGUUUGAAAGAGGUUUUGAAGCAUUGGAAUAGAACUGUUUUUGGAGAUGUUCAAUUUCGUUUGAAGCAAGCUGAACUUAGACUUAAAUCUGAGAAUGAUCUUCUUGAUUUAGAUCUGACAGAUGAAUUUCAAUUCACUAAGGUGGCGGAUGCUCAGAAGGAGGUUGAUGAAGUGCGAACUGAUUUUGCAGUAAUGCUCAAGUUGAAAUCGAGAGUUACAUGA